UCUCCUCUAACGACACACUCGCACAAGCACCAUUCCCUGAACCACCGACGGAGCGAGAAAAACUAACCGAGACAGAAAGUGAUCGCAAUGUUGCGACACUUGGGCGUUCACGCGCCGCGUUUGGCCUUCAACUUCAAGUCGAGUUUAAUUCACGGUGGCAGAGGCAAAACAUUAACCACACGCGCAUUCUCGUCCUCCGCCGCCGUAUCGCCGCCGUCGAAGGCGAUCGUGUACGAGGCGCACGGGGAACCGGACACGGUGACGAAGUUGGUGGAGGUUCCAGCGGUGGAAGUGAAAGAAAAAGACGUGUGUGUGAAGAUGCUAGCUGCUCCUAUCAACCCCUCCGAUAUAAAUAGAAUACAGGGCGUUUAUCCGGUGCGGCCAGAACCACCGGCAGUGGGUGGGUACGAAGGCGUUGGAGAGGUUCACUCUGUGGGCUCCUCAGUUACUUCUCUCUCUCCCGGUGACUGGGUUAUUCCCUCUCCACCAUCUUUCGGGACGUGGCAGACUUAUAUUGUGAAUGAUGAGAAAGUUUGGCACAAGAUAGAGAAGGGUGUGCCUAUGGAAUAUGCUGCUACAAUUACAGUUAAUCCCUUGACUGCACUUCUCAUGCUUGAACACUGCGUUACUUUGAACUCAGGUACUGGAGAUGCUAUUGUGCAAAAUGGGGCUACCAGCAUGGUUGGCCAGUGUGUCAUUCAGAUUGCAAAAUCACGUGGCAUUCACAAUAUCAAUAUUAUAAGGGACAGGCCUGGGGUCGACGAAGUAAAAGAAAGGCUUAAGAAUUUGGGUGCUGAUGAAGUUUUCACUGAGAGCGAAUUGGAAGUGAAGAAUGUCAAGAGUCUCCUGGGUGGUAUACCUGAACCUGUUUUGGGAUUUAACUGUGUUGGUGGCAAUGCUGCUUCUCUGGUACUCAAAUUUUUGAGACAGGGAGGAACUAUGGUGACUUAUGGUGGAAUGUCUAAAAAACCUGUCUCUGUGUCAACAUCAUCCUUCAUAUUUAAGGAUAUUUCCUUGAGGGGAUUUUGGCUGCAGAAGUGGUUGAGCACAGAUAAAGCUGAAGAGAGCAGAGGAAUGAUAGACAGACUUUUGAGUCUUGUACAAGAAGGAAAGUUAAAAUACAAGAUGGAUUUGGCUCCAUUUGAGGAUUUCAACACAGCAUUGGAUAAAGCUCUGGGAAAACUUGGGAGCCAACCUAAGCAAGUGAUCAAAUUCUAGACGUGUUGGUGUUGUUUAUACAAUUUUCUGUUAGAUAAAAAAUUGUUCUGGAAUUUCCAAGAAAAAGCAAUCUGGGAAGGAAAAUGACUUUUCAGAGGGAUCUAUAGAUUUGUAGUGCAAGAUAUAAGAAUUAGAUUUAAUUUUGUUAUGCUGUCAACGUAAAGAUUUUUACGCUGUUAAUUAAUAAAAACUCGUGUGCCCCUAUUACUGAGCAUUUAAUUAAUGAGAUUUUGGUCUUA